UGUAUAAAUAAAUGAAAGAAUCCUCGUUACUGUUUUGUUUCUUCUUCUAAUUAUGGUAACUGAAAUCUCGCAACGUUAUCACUAAUGUUAUUGUUGCUGCGCUACGUAAGACACGAGAGAAGAGAAGAGAAAAGCUAUUGUGAUUUGUGAGUGAUAUGAGUAUGUCUAUUAUGCAUGCAAUGUCAAUCAGAAGCAGCGCUUUCUUUUGCUUUCAAAUAAAUUGCUCCGAUUCAAAGCAAGGCCGUGGUUUUGGAGAAAACACUAACAGUAACAGGAUUAAGACCAACAAAUCUGACAAGGGAUUGGUGUCUCAGCAAAGCAAGGGAUCAGCAAAUAAACAGUCUCGCCCUCUAUCUUCUCAGGCACCCCGUUUAAGUUCACAACUUGACGGCAAAUCUAGGAACGAUUUUUUGGAUGUUGACUUUGAGGAACGGCUAAAAGCAGUUAGAAGGUCAGCACUUGAGCAGAAGAAGGCAGAGGAGGAAAAAGAAUUUGGAGCAAUUGACUAUGAUGCACCAAUUCCUUCCGACAAUACGACAAUUGGCGUUGGUACUAAGAUUGGAGUUGGGGUAGCUGUUGCAGUCUUUGGUCUGGUUUUUGCUUUUGGAGAUUUUCUUCCAUCAGGAAGUGUUAGUCCUACUGAAGACAGUGCUGUGGUCAAUAGUAAGUUGUCUGAGGAGGAUAAAGCUACUCUUCAGAGUAGGCUCAAGGAAUUUGAAGCAACAUUAAGUAAUUCCCCAAGAGAUCCAACUGCUCUUGAAGGAGCUGCAAUAACUUUGGCUGAACUAGGGGAAUAUGCAAGAGCUGCUUCUCUACUUGAUGAUUUGACAAAGGAAAAACCAAAUGAUGCUGAUGUUUUUCGUUUGCUUGGAGAAGUUAAGUAUGAACUCAAAGAUUAUGAAGGGAGUGUUGCUGCAUAUAAAAGCUCAGCAAGGGUGUCCAAAGAUAUCCAAUUUGAAGUUCUGCGUGGCCUUUCCAAUUCAUUACUUGCUGCCAAAAAGCCAGAGGAGGCUGUUCAAUUACUUUUGGCCUAUCGUGAGCAUCUGAGUUCUGAUAGCAACCCAACAGACUCACAGAAGUUGGAUCCAGUUCAAGUUGAAUUACUUCUAGGGAAAGCCUACUCAGAUUGGGGCCAUGUCAGGGAUGCUGUAGCUGUUUAUGAUCAGCUCAUAUCUACUCACCCUAAUGAUUUUCGUGGAUACUUAGCUAAGGGAAUCAUCCUAAAAGAAAACAAAAAUAUUGGUGAUGCAGAAAGGAUGUUCAUACAAGCUAGGUUCUUUGCACCAGAUAAAGCCAAAGCCCUUGUGGACCGUUAUUCAAGAUGAAAAUUUGUAUUGACAUUAAUUAUGAGCGUAUGCUUUGUAACGAAAUUAUAAUAAACCAAUUAACUGGGUGACAUAAAAAGUCCGAUGAUUUCUUUGGAAUUUUAAAGUUAUGACCAUUAGCAAAAUACACAAAAUAGCAUAUAGAAUAUUUCAAAGCUUAAUGUUUAGCUCUGCUAUAUGCAAUUAUUCCA